AUGGUGAUGUCACGAGGCAGGCGGGAAGCUCGCGAGAGGGCAGAGCUGCCUUUCAGCCUUCAGUCGUCUGGAUGUGGGAUAAAAAUAAAUGAACACGCAGAUGAGUCCGUGUGCCUAAGGUUUUCUGUUCUUCCUGCAGCGAAGCAGCAAAGAGGCGCAGCCUGUGUGAUGCGGACCCGCAGCAUCCUCCUGUCCCGCAGCCAGAAGUGAAGGUGGGGGCCGACAGGGAGGGGUCCUUUCAUUUCAGGGCUGUCUCCUGGAUGGAGCCUGGCAAUGUGCAGGCGGCGAUGGGAGACGGGUCGAUGAAAGGGWCGGCUCGGAACGUGGCUGUGGAGAGAAAAAACCUCCUGACCGUCUGCAGGUUUUCAGUUAAGACCCUGUUAGAGAAAUACACGGCCGAGCCCAUCGAUGACUCAGCUGAGGAGUUCAUCAACUUCGCAGCAAUCCUUGAACACAUCCUCAGUCACCGGUUUAAAGGUUCUAGUAGCUGGUUUGAUGGUCAGAGGAGUUAUUGGGACUAUGUCCGGCUGGCCUGUGCAAAAGUUCCCAACAGCUGCAUCAGCAGCAUCGAGAGCAUGGAAAACAUCAGCACCUCGAAAGCAAAGGGUCAAGCCUGGAUGAGAGUAGCCCUGAUGGAGAAGAGGCUGUCUGAGUACAUCGCCACUGCUCUGAGGGACAGCAGGACAACCAGGAGGUUCUACGCAGAAGGAGCCAUCAUGUUAAGAGAGGAGGCCACGGUGCUAACAGGGAUGCUUUUAGGACUUGGAGCCAUAGACUUUAGUUUCUGCCUGAAAGGGGAGGCCCUGAAUGGGAAGUCUUCAGCAGUGAUCGACUACACUCCUUACUUGAAAUUUACACAAAGCUACGAUUACCUGAGCGAUGAUGACGAUCGGCGGAGCGUCGACAGCAGCACGAGCGACGACAGCAUCCCCGAGCACCCUUACGUCCCGCUGGUGACCGACGAGGAGAGCUGGAGCACGAAGUGUCGCAAGAUGGAGCAGAGGUUCAAGAUCGUCAACGCUCAGAAGGGUUACCUGGAAGAGCUCGUGCGCCUGAGGGAAUCCCAGCUGAAGAACGUCGAGACGGAGAACAAAAAGCUGAAAGCCCGGCUGGAGGAGGCSCAGAAUCAGAGCCAGCAGGAAAAGUCUGAGCUGGAAGCUGUCAUCCUGGAGCUCCAGGAGCAGAUGACAAGUUUGAUUCCGUGUGAUUCCAGCCAUCUGGCCAAAAACAUCUCGAUCCCCCUCAUCAACCAGUGGUCGACAGUUGAGCCGUACGUCAGCCAAGAGAACAUGAAGCUGUUCCGCAGGAGGAGUUUCCCGAGCACAGAGCUGCUGUCAGUGGAAGAUUCAGGCUCCCGAAGGAAACAGAACGGGGGUGCCUGGUGCACAGAAAAGGACUACACCCCCUCCAUGGUGGGACUGUGUGGGUCGAUAUCCUCUCUCCCGAGCUGCAAAUCUCUGGCUAGUCUCAAAUCCAGUGAGUGCCUGGUGAACAUCAGCACAGAAAACAGCCCUGCACUGUCUCCCAGCUAGGAGGCGCCAAAGAAACACUGCCAACAGAGACAAUUCCAAAACAAAGACAAAACGACUGCUCYUCAUAUGCAGAGACGUGCACUAUCUCAACAUACAUCUUCAUAAAAGCAGCCCUCCGUCUUGAAACGUAUAGCAACRAUGCAAGUUUAUCUGCUGUACUGCCUCAUUUGUUGUGUUUCAGUCUAUUUGUACAUCACAAGGCUUCAUUUUGUGCUGAUAAGUUCCUGUAAUACCGACUGUCCUCUCUGUGUCYCUGUCCUCUGUGUCUGUGUCCUCUCAGUCUGAACUGUUGCUACAAAAGUUUUACCUUAGAAAACUACACUAUUCUUAGAGGGGAAAAAAACCAAGAUGGGGCUAUUUUAUGGAGAGCAAACUGAUCCUAAAAGACGAGUAUUUAAAACUUAAACAUUUUUGUUUUUAGGAUAUACAACAAUUUAGGCUUAAUUCAGUUAUUUGAAAGCAGUAGAUCUUUUGAAGUUGGGUUAUGUGGAGAAGUUAUGGACACUUAUCUUACCUGUUGCAGAUAGUUUGAAUGACAGUUUAUGAUUAUGGUUAGGUGAAUUCACUUGUGUGCGGUUAAUGUCUACUUUAUAAACCUUUACACAGAAACAAGUCACUUUGCUAAUAAUCCCGUGCAAACUACCCGUUAGGUUGUCACUCCAGUUCUAAUGAAAGGCCUAGCAUUCCUUGAGGGAAUGCAUAUCACCUACCACCUUUCAUGCCAGAGUUUUAAACUAAAAUCAGCUUAUAUUGUGAAAGGAUGGAGUUGUCAUCAGUUUGGUCAAACUACUAAAAUAACAUGUAAGGCUACGUUCACACUGCAAGCAAAUGUGACCCAUGUCGGAUUUUUUUCCUGACAGUCUGAACGUGAUAAAUCUGUUUUUUUUUUUUUUAAUCCCACCUAUGCCUUUUCAGUAUGCUUUCAAAGUGACAGUCUGAAUGCUUGUGUCACGUUUCAUUCAGCUUUUACUUCAGUGAGGAGGGGAGUCUACAGAAACAUUUGACAGUAACGUCCAUUUCGGACCACUAAAGUUACUGGAUCGAUACUUUACUUCCAGCACAUCCCUCCUGUUCUAUUAGAUUUUGCACAGGCGCAGCCAGCCAGAUUCAAACGUUAACGGUGAACUAAACAAGCAUGUCAGGUCAUUAUUUAAUCAGCUCUGAAUUGCGCAACAACUUCAAAAUCGAUGUGCUAGCAUGUAGCAUCCAUAUUCUGUAAACGGUGAGCUGAAUGUGACGUUAUGCCAUGUUCUGCACAUGCGGGUUGCAUCAGUGGUGUGGAGAGUUCACACUGGAGUCUGAUGGAGGUCAAAGUUAAAAUAUAAUGUGAACRUCCACGCAAAAACACUGGACUUUUACAGGAAAUCAGAAUAGGGCAUUAAGACCUGCAGUGUGACCGUAGCUUUUGUGUGCAUUGUGAUCGACUCUCAGCUACUACCACAACAGUUAUUAGUUGUUCUUAAACUUUACUCAGUACCCCACUUCAUAAGAUCUGAACUGUUGUUAUUAGAAGAUUUUCAGAUGUGUCCGUAGAGUCCUGCAUUAGAAGCAGAUGCAUCAUUCAUGCAGGGUGAAUGUUUUUUCUCUGUAGAACAUGUGUUAUAUCUGUUUGUUUCUCAUUUUUAUUUAUUUCAUGACAUUCUUGUAUCAUGUAAAAUCUAAUAAGUUCUUGAAGAGUGGAAAACCUUGUGUUAUUCAAAACUGCAAUAAACAGCCUUUUUUGAAACACUGA